UUGAGGGACAUCUCCUUUAAUCCUCUGGUUGAAUAUCGCUGAGCGUUGUAAUUGAGGUGUUGCGUUUUUGUCGGUGGUGACAUUUUCAUGAAAGGGCUUCAAGUCAUUGAAAUAUUUGCUCUUUCUGCAUAGGGUGUUAAUUUGUUAGUUUAUAACGUGCUUUUCUCCAUUUGCUGUGCUUUGCGAUGCACGGGUACAACUUCCUUCUGUCCACCGCCCUGACGAUACUGUUCUCCGGACCAGCUCAAGGAUACUUCCCCGAAGAGCGCUGGAGCCCCGAAUCUCCACUUCUUGCCCCGCGGGUCCUCAUUGCCCUCGUCUGCCGCAACUCUGAACAUUCUCUGCCUUAUUUCCUUGGAAAUAUCGAACGUCUGAAUUUUCCCAAGGACCGCGUGGCAAUUUGGGUUGCGACGGAUCACAAUGUGGACAACACUACAGCCAUCCUGCGUGACUGGCUCGUCAAGGUCCAAAAACUGUACCACUAUGUGGAGUGGAGGCCGCAGGAGGAGCCCACAGAGUACCAGGAUGCAGACAGCCCGAAGCAGUGGACCAACCUCCGCUAUGCACACGUGAUGAAGCUACGGCAGGCAGCACUGGACUCCGCAAGAGACAUGUGGGCAGACUACUUCAUGGUAGUGGACUGUGAUAACCUAUUGACCAAUCCUAAUGUACUGUGGAAGCUCAUCAAGGAGAAGAAGACGAUCGUAGCUCCCAUGUUAGAGUCCCGUGCAGCUUACUCCAACUUCUGGUGUGGCAUGACCUCUCAGGGUUACUAUAAGCGCACCCCUGCCUACAUCCCUAUGAGAAAGCAGGUGCGUAAAGGAUGCUUCGCGGUUCCCAUGGUGCACUCCACCUUCCUGAUUGACUUGAGGAAGGAGGCGUCACGCCAGCUGGCCUUCCACCCCCCUCACCCAGACUACAGCUGGGCCUUCGAUGACAUCAUUGUCUUCGCCUUCUCGGCUCGCAUGGCAGAUGUGCAGAUGUUCCUAUGUAACAGAGAGACUUAUGGAUAUUUCCCCGUGCCACUGCGAGCCCACAACUCCCUGACAGACGAAGCAGACAGCUUCCUACAUUCCUUGUUGGAGGUCAAUGUGCGGAACCCUCAUGUGCUGCCCUCGGAGUACAUCCCGGCCCCCAUAAAGAUACAAGAUAAACUGGGCUUUGAUGAGGUGUUCAUGAUCAACCUAAAGAAACGGACCGACCGGCGGGAUCGCAUGCUGAGGACUCUGUACGAGCAAGAGAUUGCCUGCAAGGUCAUUCAAGCGGUAGACGGCAAAGCGAUGAACAUCAGUGAGAUCAAUGCCCUGGGGAUCCACAUGCUACCAGGCUACAGUGAUCCGUAUCACGGCAGGCCCCUCACUAAGGGAGAGCUGGGCUGCUUCCUCUCACACUACAACAUCUGGAAAGAGAUCGCAGAGCGGGCUCUAAAGAGUUCCCUGGUGAUCGAGGACGAUCUGCGUUUCGAGGUCUUCUUCAAGCGACGCCUGAUGAACCUGAUGAGUGAAGUGGAGAGCCAGGGUCUAGACUGGGACCUGAUUUAUAUCGGCAGGAAGAGGAUGCAGGUGGACCGCCCUGAGAAGUCUGUGCCCAAUAUACACAACCUGGUGGAGGCCGACUACUCCUAUUGGACGCUGGGCUAUAUGAUGUCAUUACAAGGAGCCCAGAAGCUGCUGAGGGCAGAGCCGUUGAAGAGGAUAUUACCCGUAGAUGAGUUCCUCCCUGUCAUGUUCAAUAAGCACCCUGUCUCGGACUACAUGGAGCAGUUUGAGGUGCGAGACCUGAAGGCCUUCUCGGCCGAGCCUCUGCUAGUAUUCCCCACUCACUACACAGGAGACGCGGGCUACAUCAGCGACACAGAGACCUCCGUGGUGUGGGACAACGAGAAGGUGCAUACGGACUGGGACCGGGCCCGCUCGGGGAAGACCCAGGAGCAGGCGGAGAUCAGCAGCGAGGCCCAGAACUCUGAUGUACUCCAGUCACCUCUGGACAGCACAGCCACACGGGACGAACUAUGAGAGGGGAAUGGGUGGAGAGGAAGGGGAUGGGAUUGACGAUGGAGGAUUGAUGGAGAGAAAUGCUGAAGAUUCUGAACCACCAUGGGUUUUUUUUAUUUUUUUUAUUUAACGUUUUAACCCCCUUUCUUUGCAUCCUUGCAGCAACAGGAUGUACAGUACAUGGGCUCCUGUUUAUGUUUUUAACCAAAGAGGACAUGUUGAAAACAGGGAUCAGUUGCGUUAUUUUAGAACAUUUUUUCUUCCAUUUACUUUUUCAUUUCAGAAAUAUGUUGGACUCACCUUUAUUUUGCUGCAUUUACUAGACUUAAAUACAGGGUGGGAUCUGUAUGUCAACAGUGAUCUGGUUGGACUGUCUAUUACAUUUCAGUGAAGUGAUUGGCCUGUGAACUGGGACUUUGGUCACUACCAUGCCUCAAGUGCCUUAUAGCCUAGUUCAUCAUGCCAAAUCUCACAACUGACCAGAGUAGACCUCGACUCCUAGAAUUAAUACUUCAUGUAUUAAUUGUUAAUUAAUUAACUUGUGUGCAUGUUCUAUAACAGUGUACUGUAGCAGUCUUUCUGAAAGCACUGGAAAAGACAAGCAUAUUGCAUGAUUUUGGAUAUGGCUUUAAGAUGACCUUUUUCAUGUGUUCAUUUUCAAACUAUAGGUAGACCUAACAUAUUUUGCAUCCAUUAGAGAUUUAUGCUUGAAAGUUGUGUGUGCUGCUUCGCAAACGAGUCCCAUAGUUUUACGAAAACCUCACCAAGGAGCUCAAAGUCCUAUCCUAUGACAUAUGAGAUUAAUACCAAAACAGUUGUAAUUAAAAAAGCAACAGCUCCCAAAGUGAAUGACUUGGCUACCCGCCCUCCCUGUCAGACCCUAACCAUUGAGUUACAGUAGUGCUCUUUAUAGCAGUGGAGUACGUCUUUUUAGAAACCCAACAGCUCCUAAAGUUAAUAACUAUGGGUAGAAUCCUAACUUCCACUUAAGUCAAAUCUUCCUAAUCUCUUAAUUCAAUCAAAUGUAUUUAUAAAGCCCUUUGUACAUAAGCAGAUGUCAGAAAGUGCUAUACAGAAACCCAGCCUAAAACCGAAAACAACAAGCAAUGCAGAUGUAGAAGCACGGUGGCUAGGAAAAACUCCCUAGAAAGGCAGGAACCUAGGAAGUAACCUAGAGCGGAACCAGGCUAUGAGGGGUGGCCAGUCCUCUUCUGGCUGUGUCCCGGGUGGAGUUUAUAAGAGUACAUGGCCAUUUAAAGGCCAGAUUGUUCUUCAAGAUGUUCAAAAAUUCAUAGAUGGCCAACAGGGUAAAAUAAUAAUCAUAGUGGUUGUAGAGGGUGCAACAGGUCAGUACCUCAGGAGUAAAUGCCAGUUGGAUUUUCAUAGCCGAUCAUUGAGAGGUCGAGACAGCAGGUGCGGGAGAGAGCGAGAGAGAGUCGAAAACAGUAGGUCAGGGACAAGUUAGCACGUCCGGUGAACAGGUCAGGGUUCCAUAGCCGCUGGCAGAACAGUUGAAACUAGAGCAGCAGCGCGGCCAGGUGGCCUGGGGACAGCCAGGAGUCAUCAGGCCAGGUAGUCUUGAGGCAUGAUCCUAGGCCUCAGGUCCUCCGUGAGGGGAGAGCAAGCGAGAGGGAGAAAGUAUGAGAGGGAGCAUACUUAAAUUCACACAGGAUACCAGAUAAUACAGGAGAAUUACACCAGAUAAUAACAGACUGACCCUAGACCCCCAGCACAUAGACUAUUGCAUCAAUCAUCAAUACAAGUGAAAAUUCAACUUAAGUAGGAUGUUAGAAUUCACCCCUAUCCGCCUCCCCUGUCAGUCCAUAGCCAUUGAGUUACAGUAGAGCUGUUCAUAGCAGUGGAGUACUCCUUUCCCCCACUUGCCACCUCUGGUCUGUUUCCAGACUAAUGCCUUGUUGCCUUCACACGGGAGUUAUACAAGGUUCACAGGCGGGAGCGACCACAGAGACCGCAGUAGACGCCUCACACUGUUGUGGUUGAGGAGGAGCCAUGUGAGAUGUUGCGAUUCACUCAUAAUAGUCUAAGAGAUUACAUUGUCUGUCAUAACAGUGUUUUUGUAACUUCAUACCAAAUAAUAAAAUAUUUUGUUAAAAAAGA